CGCGCUUUCCUGUUAAACUACCAUCUCUGUUUCAUGUCUUCACCUUCUUCCGAUUCACACAACGGCCAUCCCAACACACAAUCAAACAUACACCCUCUCUGUGCAACUGCAAAAUUUUCAUUUUUGGGUUUAACCCAAAAUCAUUAUCUUCCGUUUUUAUUCGAUUUAACUGGUGUUUUUGUUCAGAGGCGGUGGUGGUGAUUGUGAUCAUGACGAUGGUGAUGUCAUUAGAAAAGCUUUGAUUCUUUUAUUUAGAAAGGCUGAAACACUACCACCGACUCUGUUCAAUCUUAGAUUUUAAUAGGUUUCAAAGUCAACUCAACUUUCUCAUCUCACGCUCGUCCUUUGUUUGAUUUCUUUUGGAUUGCUGGUCUUUUGCAUGUGAUUUUUUUUUUGCUUUCAUUCUUAUUCAAAAUUUUAUUUUCUUUCAAUUAUUUGACUUAAAUUUUUCUUUUUAAGUUUCUGGGUCAUUGUUUUUUGGUCAGAUAUUUGUGGGAAUUGGGUCGCUUUCUUAGGUUUACUUUUGUUCUCCUGUGUUUUAUUUAUAAUUUACAUUCAAAAGAUAAUUUUUUGUGGUUGGUGAUGGGGAAAUUGUGGUUUUGAGCUACCAAAUGUCAAUCUUUCAAGAGAUUGAAGAGAAUAUAAGUAGGCGAAACACGACUUGACAUACUUAUUGGUGGCUUUUUACGGUCAGAAUUUUUUUUUUCUUGGAGGGAACUCAAACAGGAACUGUGGUUGGUUAAACUUUUUCUCUAUUUGAUAGAAUUUUCUCUAUUUAAUUCAUAAUCUAUUUUAUUUGAGUGCAUUGUUUUGUUGAUGAAUAUAUUUAGUUAAGAGUUAUUAAAUUUUGAUCUUAUAUGUGUUUGAUUCAAGGUCGUUGACCAUGAAUAUGUAAUUAUCACGUCUAUCAAGACAAAAAGUUGAUAAAUUGUAUCUGCCUUUAUUCUUUUUCAUCCUUGUACGCUUUGGUGUUCAAGAUUUUGUUUAGUUGUGUUGUUGAGUUUGUUUGGAGUCUUGAACAUGGAUUUGAAUACAAAAGAUGGACUUGGAGUUUCCAAGACUCCACAGAAGUUUGAUAACCAGGAGGGAAGUGUGAAUUCAAAAAUGAAGGGUACAGGGAGUAUUAGUAGCAAGGACAUGCUUUUGAGAGCUGAUAAAGUUGAUCUAAAAACCUUGGAUAUGCAGCUGGAGAAGCACUUGGGCUUGGUUUGGUCUAGAAAUUCUGAAAGUCAAAAGAUUAAAGAAGAGUGGGAGAUUGAUUUGUCUAAACUGGAAAUAAGGAAUGUCAUAGCUCACGGGACCUAUGGCACUGUUUUCCGCAGUGUUUAUGAUAAUCAAGAUGUUGCAGUGAAGCUGCUGGACUGGGGGGAGGAUGGUAUUGCCACCACUGCUGAAACUGCUGCUCUGCGGGCAUCAUUUAGGCAAGAGGUCGCUGUAUGGCAGAAGCUUAACCAUCCUAAUGUUACAAAAUUUGUGGGAGCUUCAAUGGGAACCUCAAAUCUUAAGAUUCAUGCAAAAACCCCUUCAAGUGAUGGUAGCACUAAUUUUCCUUCUAGAGCGUGUUGCGUGGUUGUGGAAUAUCUACCUGGUGGGACACUUAAACAGUAUUUGAUAAGGAAUAGGCGAAAGAAACUUGCUUUCAAGGUUGUGAUUCAACUUGCCUUGGACCUAUCUAGAGGUCUUAGCUAUCUGCAUUCAAAAAAAAUUGUGCAUCGUGAUGUCAAAACAGAGAACAUGUUACUGGACGGACACAGAAAUGUCAAAAUCGCUGAUUUUGGUGUUGCUCGUGUUGAAGCUCAAAAUCCACAAGACAUGACUGGUGAAACUGGUACCCUUGGAUACAUGGCCCCUGAGGUUCUCCAGGGCAAGCCUUAUAAUAGAAGAUGUGAUGUCUACAGUUUUGGAAUAUGCUUAUGGGAAAUUUAUUGCUGUGAUAUGCCGUAUCCAGAUCUCAGCUUUGCUGAUGUGUCAGCUGCUGUUGUUCGACAGAAUUUGCGACCAGAAAUUCCUAGAUGUUGUCCGAGUUCUUUGGCCAACGUCAUGCGAAAAUGCUGGGAUGGAAAUCCAGAAAGACGUCCAGAAAUGGCUGAGGUUGUGAGAAUGUUAGAAGCAAUUGACACAAGCAAGGGAGGUGGGAUGAUAACUGAAGACCAGUCUCGAGGUUGUUUUUGUUUUUCCCCUGUUCGUGGUCCUUGAUACCAUGUCUCCCAGACUUGUAUGCAAAUCAGAAGCUGAAGAUGCAAGGACUGCUGGAUUCAUUUGCUUCUGAUUUUCCUGGAGGAAACUUUAAACAAAUUUCAGCAGUGUACAUUAUUAGUGAAAAGGUUUAUGAUUUUCAACUAAACUCCUGUUACAGAUGAAAACUUUUACAACCUAAAUUUUGUGUUGUAAGUUGCUGAGCCAUGUUAUACACAUAUGGGCACACACAUCUUACAAAAAGUGGUUAUAUGAUUUAGAGCAUAUGAUUUUA